GUGAGUCUUGUCGGCGAGAGCAUCUCUAGUGUCAGUGCGCUGUCUAAACAGCUGACCACGUGUUAAUUGAGCCGGUUGUGCCAUGCGGUCUAGUGCAUCUUCUGUUGCUGAAGCGUGACCUAACUAUGGGUCUCCGUCACAUGAAAGAAAAGAUUAUUCCGAAAUUGUAAGUGAUUGUGGACGAGAAGACGCUAACAAGCCUAAGCAGAUUGUCAUUAUUUAUUCUCGGAAUCGUCGGAAAUAAUGAGGUUGAAAUUGCUGACGGGAUGGCUCCAGACUAUAAUGUUCCUAUCAAAUUAUCUGGAUGUCGAAGCAUCUCCUCAAGUUAACGCUCACUCUUUACUGCCAGCUGCAGACGACGAAGGCGUGAACCUUUUGACGUCAAUCAAGAUCCCGUUCGACGACCCCUAUCUGUACUUCGACUCGGGCAUCGAUGGCUUCCCCACGUUCGGCCUCAAGCCAGGAUCGGACAUCAAGCAGCCCUACCGCCUCUUCAUGCCCGAGAAGUUCUAUGCUGAGUUCGCUAUCACGGCCACGGUCAAACUCAAGAGUCGCGAAGGGGGAUUCCUCUUUGCUGUCGUCAAUCCGCUUGAGACGAUAGUGCAACUGGGCGUGCACCUGACCAGCAGUGGUUCUGGCCUGACGAACAUCAGCCUGAUGUACACUGACGUCAGCAAGCAGUACUCGUCGCAGACCAUUGCCAGCUUCGAGGUGCCUUCGGCCUUCAGCAAGUGGACGCGCAUCGCGUUCAAGGUCACCGCUGCUGAUGUCGCUCUUUUCUUCAACUGCGAAAAGUACGAAGUUGUCAAGGUGACUCGCGAGCCUCAGGAGCUCGUGUUUGACUCGGCAUCUAUACUCUACGUCGGUCAAGCUGGACUCAUCAUCAAGGGUGCACUCAACGGCUCACUACAAGAACUGAAGAUAUCCGCCAACCCUGGAGCGGCAGAAACACAGUGCGAGAACUCAUUCAAGGGUUUUAAAAGUGAGGAGGAAGGGUCUGGUGAUGAUAACAUUUCCACAACAACUAUUUCACCAGAUGACAUUUUUAUUAAACUUCUUAAAGGGUUGUCUGAAGAAGACGGUUCAGGUGAAUCUCCUAUUACAACGGAAUUGCCUAUCAAUGAGAGUAGUACAAUUGAACCAGAGGAGGACAGCAGUGAAGAAACAGCUCUUGGUGGCAACAACGAGGAUAAAGAUGACUUUCCCCCACCCUUUCCUCCGCAACCCCCUGAUGUUGAUUCUGAUGGCUGUAAAAUGAACGAAACGAGCUGUGAGGGUGAAUCUUGCAUAUCGAAUGCCAAUCCUUGUGAUAAAGACAAUAAUGCCGGUUCUCGAGGAUUCAGGGGAGAGAAGGGUGAACGGGGUCCAAGAGGCCCACCGGGUGAGGCCAUCCGUGGACCCCCGGGACCCCCCGGACCACCAGGACCCCCUGGACCCCCGUUUUCUGGAGGGGGAAACAACUAUGGAGAUUUCAGCGGUUCUGGAGAUGAAGAUAAAUCAUUUGGAAAUCAGUUCAUCGGCUAUAGUGACAACAAGAACUUUGGAGGUGUCAUCGGACCCCCCGGCCCCCCCGGUACCUGUGCGUGUAACCUGACCGAGAUGCUUCACACGUUCGUGCUCCCGCAGAUGAUUCCGGGACCCCAAGGUCUGCCUGGUAUUGACGGGAAGGCCGGUCCACCGGGCACCUCUGGUCUACCAGGACCCCCUGGUGAACGAGGCGCCCCAGGCCCCAUUGGGGAGAAAGGAGAUAGGGGAGACAUCGGACCUAGGGGACCUGAAGGAAUACAAGGACCCAAAGGUGAGCCAGGCAUAGAUGGAACCCCUGGCGCCCCGGGACCCCCAGGUCCCCCUGGGCCCCCUGGCAACACUGAUUUUCCAGAACUUGAUGGUAGCUGGGAUACAAGGACUAUGAUAACUAAGGAGUCGAACCCAGCCAUCGAGAAACUGUUCAAAACAGGGAUGCCAGGACCGAAGGGUGAGCCAGGGGUGGAUGGAGCACCCGGCCUGAAGGGUGAUCGGGGGUUGCCGGGGGCAAAGGGCACACGGGGUGAAGGGGGACACAAGGGCGCCAAAGGGGACAGGGGUCAUCAAGGACCUCCAGGAAGCCAAGGAUUCAAAGGAGAGCCUGGAUCUCCUGGAAUUGACGGGAUGCCUGGAUUUCCCGGAGAAAAUGGACGUCCAGCUGCUAAAGGACAAAAAGGUGAAGAAGGGGGUAUAGGUCCCCCUGGGCCCCCCGGUCCCCCUGGCGCUGUGAUGACCGUGAGCAAUAUGCAGGGUGACCCUGACUAUCUCGAAGAGACUGUAGGAGUAAGAGAUCCUGGUCCAAAAGGCGAGAAGGGGGAUGCUGGACAUAAAGGAGAGAAGGGAGAAAAGGGGGAUUCGGGAGCACCUGGAAUGCCUGGACCUCCUGGAGUAGCUGGCUGGAACGGUGAAAAGGGCGAAUCCGGCAAACCGGGAGAGGCUGGAACUCCAGGCGGAGAAGGGCCUCAGGGACCACCUGGCGUAAAGGGUGAACCUGGGCCUCCUGGACCCCCCAGCCCAGGGGGAGCAGGGGAUGAAGUGGUGGCUGUCAAAGGUGAGAAGGGGGACCGUGGCAAGCGGGGUAGGAGGGGAAAGCAGGGUCUGCCCGGACCCCCUGGCAAAUCUGGGGAGAUUGGGUUGCCGGAUCCAACUGGUCUUCCAGGUAGAGCUGGAGUGGGCUAUCAAGGAUUGAAAGGCAGCAAGGGAGAGCCUGGAGUUAUCAAGACUACUAGAGGCGAGACUGUAUUGAUUAAAGGCGAUAAAGGAGAACCGGGAACACCUGUGAUAAUAAAUGAAGGGGAGGAUGGAGUAAAGUAUGUACCCGUUCCGGGACCCCCCGGUCCCCCUGGACCCCCCGGCACUUCUGGACCCCCUGGCCCACCAGGUGUGUCAGUGGUAGGUCAGAAGGGUGAACCAGGCGUAUCAGGAGUCUAUGGGGGUCUUAACCACGCUCCUCCGGCUAGGCAAGGACCUAGAAGUAGUUUAGAUGAGCUGCGUGCUCUCAAAGAAUUGAAACAGCUCAAGGAACAUCCUACCGAAAGUCCGUCAGGAUCUCCAGGUUUGGGAACCACAGAACCAACACGUAUAGUACCUGGAGCCGUUACAUUCCAAACUCUAGAGGAUAUGUCUCAGAAAACACAGAUGAGCGCGGUUGGUACGUUGGCUUACAUCAAUGAUGAAGAAGCCUUAUUGGUCAGAGUCAACAAUGGAUGGCAGUACAUUUCACUUGGCACCCUUAUACCGAUUUCAACUGAGCCACCCCCGACAACGACAACUGAAAAGCUGAGACCUCCCUUCGAGGCAUCUAAUCUCAUUCACAACCACCCUGACACACCCCGAGAUGGACCAUCUGUGUGGCAUCCAAAAAUGUGGCAUUCUAAGAUGCUACGCAUGGCAGCCCUUAACGAGCCGUACACGGGAGACCUUAAGGGCCAGAGGGGCGCUGACUACGCGUGCUACAGGCAGUCGAGAAGGGCAGGCCUUAGGGGCACCUUCAGGGCCCUUCUCUCCUCAAGGGUGCAGAAUGUCGACUCUAUUGUCAAGUUCUCCGACAGGGAUUUGCCUGUUGUCAAUAUUAAGGGAGAUGUGUUGUUCAACUCUUGGAAAGAUAUCUUCAACGGGGAUGGUGCGUUCUUCAGCAAACAGCCACGAAUCUACAGUUUCAGUGGAAAGAAUAUUUUCACUGACUAUUCAUGGCCGCUGAAGUACGUGUGGCACGGUUCACACAAGUCGGGCGAGCGAGCGAUGGACCUGUACUGCGAUGCGUGGGACUCGGACAGCCGCGACCGCUUUGGCCUAGCGUCCGCCCUCGCCACCAACCGCUUGCUCGACCAGCAAAAGUUCCCCUGCAACCGCCGGUUCGCUGUACUGUGCAUCGAGGUUUCCAGUCAGCCAGGGCGGCGUCGCAGGAGGCGUCGAAGGGAUGUCGUCGACGUCGAUCACCAGGAGUCGGACAAAGACAACCAACACUGACCUCUCACUUCCACCUCCGCAAGCUCCUCUCUAUUCUAAUCAAACCAGCAACUUCUACCGAUUUGUACAUGCAUUUUGAUAAAUAAUUACUCAGUAUUAGCAAAUUAUUGUUCAAAACCAAGUGGAUCAAGUAGGCCUACUAAUACUACUAUAACUUAGGCCUACUAUUGUGAGAUUCGCGCAAUGAAAGAAUCAUUAGUAGAUUCAAAUUUACUGACAACACUAUAUAGUUGGAUUCACUUCAUACUGUCAGCAUCCCGUAUGUUUAACAUCAAUGCUUUCAAUUCAAUCAAUGCUGACAGUUUGAAGUGCAUACAACUUAUAGUACUAAUAGAGAAGUGUGGUGUACAAGUUCUCUCUAGAAAAUAUUAAAAUUAUUUAUGGAUAGACUCCAAUAGUCGUCUAUUCUCAUCAAAUUCCUACCUGUUUGUAUGAAUUUUGAUAACUAAUAACUCAUUAUAUUAGUCUAUAAACAAUGUUAUCUUUGGUAUAUUGUUAAAUAAGAUGACGAUAAAGUACCUACCCUAGAUCUAAUAGAGGAGUGAACAGGUUUACUUAAAAAAAUUAAAAUUAUUGAUUGAUUAAAACGUUGAACAAGAAGCAAAAAAAUGAAUGAGAGCAUUUUUGGGCUUUAAGUAACAAGCAAAAUCAAAACUAAUUAGAUGCAAUUACAAAAUCAAAACUAAUGAUAGGUGACAAAAUAUAACAGGCUAUCUUUGGCAUAAUAAUGGAACACUAUUUCUAUUUAGCGAAGUCUCUCUGAAAAAGACAAGAAUAAUUGAAUGAAUGAUCAGAGACAGAAGAAAAAGAUAAUAGUUCAAUUUAUAAAAUAUAAAAAGCUGAAAAAGCUUUUAUUUCGAAUACCUUUUUUCAUAAGUCAACAAUUUUUGAUUUUUUAUGAGGCUGUUGUAGAGGAAAGAUACCGUUUAUAGAUCUUGAUUUUUUUAAAUUUUAAGUUUUUCAAUCUGAAAAAUUAUCACCGUAGGGUAACUUGUGUUUCAUAAUAUUAUAUUAUAAUGUAAUAGUAUAUUAAUCUUAAUAUUAAGUUAUUUAUUGCGAAGUUAAGUUCGUAUUAUAGGAACAUUUCAAUUGUUUAUGUUUAUUAGAAUUAUUGUCUGAGAGUCUAGAGUACCAUUUCUAUAAGAUUUAUAGGCUACUAAUAACUUACUUCAACAUAGCCUUAGUUUUUUUAUUUAUUGUUUUGAACUGAUAAGAGUUUUAGUCCUAAUAUGGGAAAGUCGCAAUAAGUUUUUAGAGAUCAUUUGUUACUAUUUGAUUUAAGGCUGUGCUAAAUAGUGUAAUAUAUAUUCAAUUUUAACAAACUAUUUGUAUUUUCCUAGUGUUCCAGUAUUUAUAUCAUAAACUCGAAUGUAGUUUGAUUGUUUAUAAACAAUUAUUAUUAUUAUUCUUUAGCUUUAAGAUUAAUUAAUGGAGUACGGUGAUAUAGAGAAAGAGUCAAAUUUAAAAUAGAUAACCGCCCAAUUUAAUAAAAUCAAAGUAGGGCCUAUGAUUUUGCAAAAAUAUUAAUAUAUUCAAGUAAACAAUUUUAUAACAAACAGUUUUUGAAUUUAAUGGGAAUCAUCUUUUUAUUUGGAAAAGAUACCAUUAGAAUUCAAGAUCAGGAGCCACAUCGUUACUUAUAUACUUAAAUUUGACGAUGAUAUUAAUUUUAAAGGCAAAGUAAAUGAUAUAAUAUAAUACCUAGGUACUAAAACCUAUGGUCCUUGAAAACCAUAGUUUUGAAAGUUGACAUCAAUAUGUGAAACUUGAAAUGGCAUAUAUUAUGAAGAAUAAAAGAAACUUUGCCCAGUGUUUGCUUAAACUAAAAAAUAUGUAAGAAAUAACUGAAGAUAUUCUGAUAUAUUUGAAUAACAAUGAUAUUAUAGUUGUUGUUUCAAGCAUUAAAACAACUGCAUGCUGAUCCUAAGUAUUUUGUAUCAUUCUAAAAUUAAUUUUUGUAAUUGAUGAUAGCCUAACAUUCUAUUUAUAUCACAGUAUGUGUGUUUCCUGUAAUAGUAAUAUGUUUGCAUGUCUCGUUCAUGUAAUAUCUCCAUGGUAUGAAUGCAUAUUGUUGAGCAUUUUCUAAAGUAAAGUAGAUUUAUCCAUGAAAAUAACGGAAUUAAGCAUGGAACAGUGAAAUGCAUUAGCAUAUUAUUAUAUACGGUAGUUGAAGAGUUGUGAUGGAAAGCGAUUUGUUAAAAGGGCCUAACACACGUCAAGUCCGUCUGUGAGGUGCCCUUGAAGGAAAGUUGAAUAUUUUAAUAGAGAAUGAUUAAUUGAUAGAAAAUUGGUAACAUUGAAGUACCGGUAAAGUUGGAUUUAUAAGUGUUUGACAAAAGAAUCUACAGUGAGAUUAACAUUCAACUGACAGCAUUGGUGUUAUUUUCAAGGAAUGAAGACAGAACAGUUAUCUCAUUUCUAGCACACUUCAAAAGGUUUAUUGAGGUUUGCGUCUUAAGGUUGAUUAUUUUUCACUUUUUUGGUUUUCCACUUGAUUUUUUACUUGAGUACCAUCCACUAUACAUAAUAUAGUGAGAUCCACGUUAUAAUGGCAGUGUUUGAUUACCAAUGGUAUUGAUAUCCUUGUCUAUCAUUCAACAAAGCGGAUAGCGCUAUCUCUCUCUCGCUUUGCCAGAUCGGCUUUUAACAAUGUAGAAUUAAUAAUUCACAAAAUAUUUCAUCUUAAUUAUGAAAAAUCAUUAUAAAAUUAUUUAAAAAUAUAAAUUUAUUGCUUAGUAAAAUAUAAUUGAUUAUUUUAAACGAGAAUGAACAAUUAAUAUUACAUUAAUAAACCUGUAUCAGCUACCGUCAAGAAGGCAUUGACAAGACAGUGAGGAUCGGCAACGUAGUUCUCCUUUCUUUCUCCACUGCCAUUAUAACGUGGACCUCACUAUAGGAAAUAUGGACUACCGGUAUUGACUGCCGUCAAUACCGUCGCAAUGAUAAUUCUCUAGAACGUUUCUAUUUUUCAGUUAUUUGAGAAUUCAGUUAUAAAAUUACUCAUGGGAGAAUAAUUUGUUAAAAAAUUUCUAGUUAUUCUAUAGUGAAUAUUUCAUAUCAGGCAGACUAUAUUUCUUUUAAAUUUUUGAAGAAUGCCUUACUUUUUGUGGAGCUCUUGAGGAACGUAUUUGACUGCUUAUGAAGAAGAGCUUCAUUAGUUAUGGUAAAGAAAAAGAAGAAGAAGAGUACGUUUCCAUGAAUGGAAUAAAUGUAUUAUUAGAAAUUAAUUGCAAGUGAAAUAAAUUUUUCAAGAGAUCUAAAGCAAAGUGAGUACCUACCGUAAUCGUAUUCAAUUACAGUGGGAAACUAUAUGCUUUUUCAUGAAAUAUUAGCCUCCUUUAUUGUUGUCCAUCAAAUAAUGAACUAUUCACAAUUCUUUCUCAGUUACAUUAAUAAUCGUAAAUACAAGAAACUGGAAAAUGUAACAUAAAUGGAGCAUAAUGCAUUGAAAAUAAACAUAGGAGAUAACCAUAGGAUAUGGGAAAGCGUGUUGUAUACUUCAUACUGUCAUCAUUGGUUUAAUGAGACACAUUGAUGUUAUUCGCAUAAUAAAUGCUGACAGUUUGAAGUGAAUCUCACUGUAAAUGGUUGUAACAUUGAA